AGUUCACAAAAUCGUCUUUUUAUUCGUGGCGGUAAGGUCGUUAAUGAUGACCGCAUGUUCGAAGCCGAUUUAUACAUAGAAGAUGGUAUCAUCAAACAAAUAGGAACAAGCUUAAUGAUACCGGGAGGUGUCAGAACUCUAGAAGCUAAAGGAAAGCUUAUUUUUCCAGGUGGCGUGGAUACCAAUACCCAUAUGCAAAUGCCAUUCAUGGACACAGUAAGCAGUGAUGACUUUUAUAGUGGUACAAAAGCUGCGCUCGCCGGAGGAACAACGACGAUAAUUGAUUUUGUCUACCCCAAACGAGGAGCCUCGAUUGUCAAAGCAUUUGAACAAUUUCGCGAGUGUGCAGACUCAAAAGUGUGUUGUGAUUAUACUUUCCAUGUGGUAAUUCCACAUUAUGACGAAAAAGUUGCUUCGGAAAUGGAGAUUCUUGUGAAAGAAAAGGGCAUCAAUUCAUUUAUGGCCUACCUUGCAUACCCGGGAGUAUUUAUGCUAGAGGAGGAUGAAUUACUCGAGGCCAUGGAGUGCUGUAAACGACUUGGAGCACUGAUUCUUGUUCACGCUGAAAAUGGCAAGUUGAUUGAAAAAAAACAAGAUGAGGUUUUUAAUCUCCAAAUUACUGGUCCGGAAGGACAUCUUUACUCUCGUCCGGAAGCCUCGGAAGUUGAAGCUGCAAAUCGUGUCAUUACUUAUGCUGAUUCAAUAUUUUGUCCCCUCUAUAUAACUAGUGUAAGCAGCACCCUAGUUGCGCAAAGUAUUUCUGAAGCCAGACGCAAUGGUGCUCUAGUUUGGGGAGAGGCUUUAAUUGCUGCGUUAGCCGUUGAUGGCUCUCAUUGCAUGCAUCCUUGUUGGUGGCACUCUGCUGCCCACGUUGUUAGUCCUCCCUUGCGUCCAUUAGCGACGAAUGCUUCCAAAAAGCUAAUGCACUGUUUGGCUAAUGGAGACUUGGAAUGUACUGGCUCGAAUCACUGUGUUUUCCGAGCUCAGCAGAAAGCCCUGGGUAAAGAUGAUUUUCGCAAAAUUCCUCAUGGUUUAAAUGGAGUAGAGGAUCGCAUGUCCGUUCUUUGGGAGAAAGGAGUUGUUUCCGGUUUACUUGAUCCAUGCAAGUUUGUGGCUGUAACGAGCACAAACGCAGCAAAGAUAUUCAACUUAUAUCCGCGUAAGGGACGUAUCGAUACGGGAUCAGACGCUGAUAUUGUUAUAUGGGAUCCUGAGUCUGAAAAGACUAUCUCAUCAUCAUCGCAUCAUCAAAAUGUUGAGCUCAAUAUUUUUGAGGGAAUGCAAAUUCAUGGUGACAUUUGGAUGGUUAUAUCAGGUGGUCGCGUCGUAUUAGAAGAUGGUGAAUUACGAGUUUCACAAGGCGCCGGUCGCUUUCUUGCUACCCAACCAUUUUCUCACCACAUUUAUGGGCGUGUUCAGACAAAGGAAAAUUUUCGAAAGUUGUCUUACUCCUACCGCGAGCCCUAUUCUGGUCCGUUUCUUGAUGUUAAUCAGCUCGCAUCUGCAAUGAUUUCCUCUAUUUCUUUGGGUGAUUCUGAGAAUUCUGCCCUUCUUUCUGAUCCCAACGGGGAUCCAGCAUUCUCUGGACAUAUUAGACCGCCCACUCGAUCUGGCGGUCGCCAUAUGCAGGAUUCAACCUUUUCUCUCUCUGAUGGGAUAUUUUGA